UGCCAGUGUUUCCUACUCGAGCAGUGUUGCGAAUGAUAUUGCCUUUAAAAAGCCAUUCAAGGUUGACGCAACAGUGGGGCCAGCAGGUGGGGACAUCGUGGUACUGACGACGUUCCAGCCGAAGUACAGCGCGAGACACCGUGUGUCAAGGAUCGCUCGUGUGCGCCCUGAAGGUUUCACGAUGACACUGGAGAAACCGAUUCCGCGAGAAAUUACACCCUUUCUGGAACAGAGUGGCGAUCCGGCUCCGUUCAGUGACUACAGCAACAAGCAAGCCUCCAUCUUUUACAUGGCGAUUCGGAGCACCGGUGGCAAGGUAUCGCGAGUUUGUGCAAGUAAUCAGGAUCUGAACUACGUAGAUUACCAGCUAAAAUAUUCUAUUCAUUUUUUAUAUAUAAAUAGUGUAGCAAUCGACUUCAGCUCCAAGUGUUCCAUAUUGAUUACUCGAAUAUGCGAAGGUUCAAGUCGUUAACCACCACUGCUGACAAUGUUCAUGUUGUACAUCUUGAUAUCUUUGGCCACAUACUUGAGGCAUACGAGUGGUUGGACCCCGACGGAGUGACGCCAGAGCGCGUGACCCUACGCGCGCCAACGGAGAGAAAUUUCUUCUAUGCGGCUUUGGUGAUUGAUCUUGACUACCGAUGGCGACGAGUUGAUAUGGUCGACCUAACCAAGUUCCAGUCUCCCAAGAUCUUCGCAGAGGUGCAGUCGCGAAACGACGGCACCCCGCUUGUUGUACGACACAAACUCGCCAAGGACGGGCUCUAUGCGCGUCUUCAAAAUAUUGAGAAAUGUGGCUGGAUUCCAGAACACAAAUCGGAAAAAGUCGGCAUAUUGGUACACGAAGGCGUAGACGAGACAGGCGCACCGAUCAUGUUCCAGAAGAAAGUCCGAGACCUGGUCAAACACAUCUACGUUGCAAAGGGGGAGCGGGUUAUGAGAGGUACUAGCACUACAGCGAUUUUCUUUGUUGAAUCUCUUCGUUUUAAUAUGCAUCAAACUGGAGGAGCACAAUGAAUUUCGAUGUCACCGAAAAGUAAAUGAGAGGACACCAUGUCUUUCUGUUUCGCCCAUGCACCAAUUAGAAUCAUCUGCGGACUACAUCUGCCUUCUAUGAUUAUCACGGAUUGAAACCCAGAUAUUGUCACGGAUCUUGACCUCGAUAUGACGGACAACGUGACGGCUGCGAUCCGGA